AUGGUCAUCCGUGAUACUCUCAUCAAUUAUAAUGAGUAUCUUGAAGAUAACAACCAUCCCACCAUGUCGGACAUUCAGAGCAUGACCACAGCCCAAAGUCUGAGUCCAUCAGAAGUGACUCACUGGCUGUUAUCCCAAGGUCAGACUGUUGACCUGGAUGGGAAGCGUGAGAAGUUUCACAAUUACCUCUCCCAAGCCAAAGCCUUCUUGGAAGAUGAAACUCUCUUUCCCACCAACUCUCCCCCUGAAACAGAACUGGCAAAAAUAUUUCAAUCUGCUAAAUCAAACUUGAUUGCCACUUUAGACAAAUACGCUUCUGGUGCUGCCGAUAAGGUCUUCUCCUAUGAUGCUCACGGUGAGAAAGACUGUAGUGCUGUGGACGACGAAACCGGUUGUGGGGUAGGUGAAAUGUUCAUUCGUGAAUUGUCACAGAAUUUGGGAAAUUUGGCAUUAUCUGGAAUCCCAUUAUCCAAUCUUGAUCAAGAAAUCUCCCGUGGGUCUACAUCAAACAUUCUCAAUCCGACGGUUAGGCAUGCUUAUGGUAUCUAUACACGGCCAAAGUCAGAAAAAGUGGAUCAUGAUCAAUCAUCUAAUCCGUUCGACUCAAAGUCUGGCUCUGACUCUGAAACAAACACUGACUCGGAAGAUAGUGAUUUGGAUUUGGUCAUUGCCAACAAGAGUUUCCUGGCUCUUUUGGGAAAAGCUUAUAUGACAAUCACAAACACAACAACCGCUAUUCAUACAGAACCGUCUGAAGUCCUCAACAAAGAUAUUGAAAUACUCAGUCAUCAAAGACUUGGCAGGAAUCAUAUGGACACUGAAGCUGUUUGCACCGCAAUGAAAACAAUCGAAGGUAAAAUCGACGGGUAUAGACCGAGAGACAUCAUCAAGUAUGCCCUGUCUGCACAUCGUUUUCGAUCAAAGGCUCAUCAGUCAGAUGUUACUUUGGAGAAGAGACGAUCCUUGUUGUUAGAAUGGAGCAGAAAGCAGGAACCUCAAUUGCCAAAGCUGGGAUUUGUGGGCCGGGAUACUCAGGUGAAAGUCGUUCGUGCGGCCAUGGCUAGGAUCGAGUUAUCUACUUGGGGAGUUGCGGAUUUGACUCGCAAUUCCGUCACUCGGCCGUUUGACGGAUAUGACGUGUUGAGUCUUCGUCGAUUGACAGAGGAGAUUUGUGAGGGGAUCACGACGGGAUGGAGACUUGAUGCCAAGGAUAAGGUAGAAGAAUGA